AUUAUAAGCUACCAGGUGAUGGCAGUGAGGGAUCACAAAUAGAGAAACACAGACAGACAUAUUUCUAACAUAUUUCUAUUCUUUUGUAAAAAAAAUUUCAAUAUAUUCUUUCAUAAAUAAUCACGCAAAACCUUUAAUAUAACGUUUUACAGUAGUCUCCUAGCAGCUAGAUCGCAUUUACAUUUAUUUUUAAACAUGGUAGUUGUCUAUAACUCAUUAUCAUUUUAAAAUAUAAAUAUAAUUUCUUUCAAAGGUUUAAAAUAAUGCAAAUUUCAAACUACAAGCUAAGCAGUUCGCUUGAUAAAUGUCAUGUAAAGAUUUAUGCAGUUUGUGCACCACCAAUAUCUAUAAAUAUCAUUGUACUUAUUGUAAAAAUGUAAUUUUGCAUCAAAUCAUUUAAAGAUUAAAGUAACUUUGUGUAUGUUUUUCUCUGAAUUCACAUGUCAGCUUAUUGACCUUACUCCAACGUGCUAUAAAAAAAUUGAGUGUAUUGUGUAUAAAUAGUGCUAGUUAUUUUAAAUGUGCGUAACUUUGUUUAUGCUCUUUAUAUCCUUUAAGGCUAUAAAUAUAAUACUUUACAGAACAUUAAUGAAAAUGUAAAAUCUGUUAGAAGUGCAAAAUUGAACAAGGAAAUGGGCAAUGACUUGUUGGCUCAGAGAGCCAAUGCAAUGAUGUGAUAGUGUUUCCACUCAAAGCAGAGCAAAGGUUUCAGGUUUUCAUCUUAGGUUGAACACUGAAGGUCACCUGAAAAUGUACGCCAUUCUCUUCAUUCUAUACGUUCUCUUUUAUAAACCAUCGACGCCAUACUCUGGAGAUAUUCUGCAGAUGGAAAAUGUAGCAGUUCAAGCGGGUGAUGAAGUGACAUUUUACUGCUUUCACCCAAAAGAUCAGCUAAAUAGAGUUAUGUGGUUCAAACAGACUCUGGGCGAGAGACCUGUUCUGGUAGCCUCUUCAUAUCACUGGACUCAAAAUAGCGUGCUUUAUGAUGAUUUUAAAAAGGCAAAACGCUUCAAAGUAGUUGCAGCUCUUGGCAGCCUUAAUCUGACUAUUCAAAGUACUGUGCAAUCCGAUUCAGCCUUAUAUUAUUGCGCUGUUUCUUUUUCUAACGUUGUGUACUUCGGAGCAGGAACUAAUCUAGUGCUUCGAGGUUCUAAAUCCGACAAGAUUCAUAUCCUGCAGCAGCCUCAUCCUGGAAUAACACCGUCAGAUAGAAAUGUGACUCUACAAUGUACAAUUCAGAAUGAACACGAGGGUUGUGGAGGUGAAAAGAAAGUGCACUGGUUCAGACGCUGUUUAGGAAAAUCUCAUUCAGGAAUCAUUCAUACUCAAGAUAGCUGUAAAAACAAGAGCUGUGCCUACAGUCUCUCUAUGGGUAACAUUGAGCCUUCUGAUGCCGGGAUGUACUACUGUGCUGUGGUCACGUGUCGGGAAAUUUUAUUUGGACAUGGAAUCAAUCUGGCUUCUGACGAUGAACCUAAAGGCCAACACAUGAAGAUCUACAUUCUAAUAGGCCUUGCUGCACUGCUGACCUUGAGCUUCAUCAGUAAUAUUCUACUUUGCGUGAAAAAGAUAAAAGACAACACCCCACAAGAUGUUCAUGCUACGGAUGAUAUAGUGUCAAGUGCACAGUACCACAGAACCUCUGAUUUGAAUUAUGCUGCAUUAAAAUUCAAAACCCAAAGCACAACACAGCAGCGAGAAGAGAGGCAAAGACAUACAGAAUACUCUGGAUUGAAAUGUAAAAACUCUGUAUUGUGAUACUGUAUAUACUUAGUUGCUAAUAUUGUUUGCUAAUCAGAGCCACUUUGAAAAUCAUGCAAUAAAUCAUAGUUGUGAUGUCAUGUGAAUAAAUAUGAAACUGAAAUAUUUACAACCAUCCUCUUUAUUCUGUAAAUAACCGCAGACGUCUAAUGUGCGUUAUUGUGGAUGUUGUACUUUAUGUGAAUAAAGUAAAAUAUAA